AUGUUCACUUUUUUAUAUAUAUCUAUAUCUAUAUCUAUCUAUCUAUCUAUCUAUCUAUCUAUCUAUCUAUCUAUCUAUCUAUCUAUCUAUAUAUAUAUAUAUAUAUAUAUAUAUAUAUACGCUAAAGCAAAACAUGAAUAUCGUCAUCCUAUCUAUCUAUCUAUCUAUCUAUCUAUCUAUCUAUCUAUCUUCCCUUUCUCUCACCUGAUGGGGGGAAUCUAUCUAUCUAUCUAUCUAUCUUAUCUAUCUAUCUAUCUCUUUCUGUAUCUCUUUCUAUCUCUGUCACAGACACUCAUCCACAUGCGCACAGAGCAUCAAUUAAUCUCUCCCUUUCUCUUCCUUUCCAUCUAUACAUAUCUUUAUCUUUUCCUACCUUUCUCUCAGUAUCUCUAUCUAUCUUUCUACUUGCCACCUCUAUCCAUCUUUGUCUUUAUGAAUUCAUUUCGCCCGGCCACUUCGUAG